AUGUCCAGCCCUUCCAGAAUGUCCGAAACAUUUCACGAAACCAUUCACUCUUAUGCCUAUACCUCAGGCUCUCGCUCUCCUUCCGUGAAACUGCCUCGCUCACCGCCCAGGACCACAGUCACCACCGAAGUAGUUCAACGAGGCCUCAGAACCCUUCAGCUCGUGAUGGAAUGGCCGAAGGUUCAGGAUAACCCCGAGAUUCUUGAAAACCUCCAAGAAUUGGCUUCGGCUGUCGUGGGCUAUCAAGACCACACUCAGGACCUCACCAACCAACUCGCAGACUCGCAAGCAGCACUCGCAAACUCGCAAGCAGCACUCUCCGAAAGCAACGCGAAGUUUAACACGAAGUUCUUCGAGUUCGCUGAGGACCUCAUGCAAACCAGAAGGGAAAGCAAAGAAACAAUCGAUAAGCUUAUGAGAAUCAUAGCGAGUUUGGAAGAGGAGAAGAAUUUCGGCUCCCAAGUCGGGCCCCGUCAACUUGCGCCGAGCGAUUCAGUGUCCAGGUUGCAAUCUUCCGACUCUCAGUCGAGGCGGUCACCUCUUGCGGCAAUGCCACCUCCGUCCGACGUUGACGUACCGUCUUCUUCCGGAGUUGACGUACGCGUGCCACCUUCGACUUUUAGGCGGUCACCUCUUGCGGCAAUGCCACCUCCGUCCGACAUUGGCGUACCGUCUUCUUCCGCAGUUGACGUGCCACCUUCGUCCAAUGUUAGCGUGUCACCCUUGGAUCCCAGUGGCUCUUCCUUGCAGCUUCCUUUCAACAUGCAGCCUCCUAUCAACUUGCCGUUUCCUCCCAACAUGAUGCAAGGUUCGGCCCUGCCCCAACCACUGCAACAUCCGGUAGGAAGUGAGCAAGUUUAUUCCAAUCUACCCGCCCAGUGCUUCAGCAUUCUCGACUACCUCACGAAAGAUGACCUUCAAAACUGGAAAUAUGCCAAGUAUGAGCCUAGUCGAGCCCGAUUCUCUAACAUUCGCGAGGAAGUAGUCCUAUGGACUGAAAAACUCGCUCUAUCCGCUCGCGAAGCAGAAGGAAAGACCGGGGGGUCGGGGUCUGAGGCGACCUCGUCGAAGAGGUAUAAGAUUGCGAAUAGCAGCAUCAGGAAUACGGACGGAGCACCAAUCUCUUCCAAUACGGCCAGUGCCAUCACGCAUCAUGCUCGGCGGAUUAUGGAAGUCCUAGCCAGCGGUGUUCCGCUCACGAACAAACUGCAGGAUAUUAAGCAUACACCAGCGUGGUAUGGUGCGAUUGCUCUCCUUGAAGCAAUGUACCCUAUCUUGCAAUUAUGCGAUGAUCAUUGGAAAGCCUGUCAUUUUCUGUCCGCGGCAAUGCACAAACACACCAAGAAGCCAACCUCCGCAGCAAACGAUACAUCCUCUAGCGCUGGCCACGUAAAGCGCCUCGCCUCGGAGGUCGCCUCGGAGGGGACGUCUUCCCGUAAGAAAACGAGAACGCAUGGGACACGGGGACGGGCCGGAAAGGCUGGUGGUUCUAGUUCUGACCACUCCGGAACCAGUGGGUCUCUCCUAUGCAUUGAGUUAUUGCUAAGCUGA